AACUGCAUUAUAUGCUUUGAAGAAGUGACAGCUGCAUCAGGCUUUAGUAACGAAGAUGAAAGUAGCAGUCGUGUCGUCAUGCUUAGCCAGUGCAAGCAUUAUUUUCACGACGAGUGUAUUUUCGCGUGUGUGCAAAGUAAAACUUCUGAAUUUUUAGAAUGUCCAAAAUGUCGCACGUUGCAUGGAAUAAAGACUGGAAAUCAACCUGAGGGAACAAUGACCUAUGUAGUACAGAAUGGGAUGCAAAUACCUGGAUUUAACUCUACAUCGGCUAUUGUUAUUACCUAUAAUUUUCGAAGUGGCAUACAGGGGCCACAGCAUCCCAAUCCUGGUGCGAGGUACCAUGCAAAUGCUUUUCCCCGAGUAGCUUACUUACCAAAUACUGCUAAAGGACAAGAGGUACUUCGCUUACUUCAGAUCGCUUGGGCACGCAGUUUAAUAUUUGCCAUUGGACGAUCAUCAACAAGCGGAGCUGACAAUGUUAUUGUAUGGAAUGAUAUCCAUCAUAAAACUGAAUGGCAAAGUAACUAUAGUGGUCAUGGCUAUCCAGAUCCUGACUAUAUAAAACGCGUAACUGAAGAAUUGCAUGCCCAUGGAAUACGCUGA